AUGGAUGAAAAAAAGGAAACUAGAAUUAAGUUAACAAAUUAAGAAGCAUUUUUGAUAAUACAGGAAUAGGUGGAAAAGUAGAAAUAAGAAAAUCUUUUUUCAGCUAAAAAUACUUAAAUGACUUAAAAGCUUUUUGAGUUUCUGGACUCCUAGCCUAAAUAUAUCAUGAAUUCUAAUUUUGUAAAUGAGUUAAAAAAUCUGUUGCUUCAAUUUUCUUUAACAUAAAAUGAAAUAAUUUAAAUUUUUAAUGUUUUGCCUACAAAAGAAAUAGAUUUGCAACUGAUAAUAGAGAGCUGUGAAACUAAGUUAGAUGAAAAAAAUAUUGAAGCUAUUAUUAAAAAGUGUGAGCAAAUAAGAAAUCAGUAUUAAAAAUAGCAAAACUCUAACAAUUGA